CAGUUAGAAGCAAGUUUCAAACGAACCUCACAACGAGCAACAUGCAGUCACAUCUCGUCGCUAUCCUGCUGGCCACCGUUGCCAUCGGCUCCUGCAUCGCGAAUCCCAACCUCAUCUCUGGUCCUUCGCGAAUUCUUGAGAUAAUGAGCGCCACCAGUGAAGUACAGCGUAAUAACCCACAACUGUCCAAAGAAUGUUUCGACUACUAUUAUGACCUAUUCGAAACCGAAUAUGCGGAAUAUGUGGAUGAGUACAAUCUGUGCCUCGAUAAGUUUGAUGGCGGUUAUGAACAGGUCCUAGAACAGUACAAUCCCGUUGUCUGGGACCUCAGCAACUCCACCUUCGAGUCCUGCAUGUUCCUGUUGGACUGCGAUAAGCAGAAUAACAGCGAAAAUGCCCUGUCCUGCUACUCCACUGAGGGUCCGAAAAAUUCCAAACAGUUGUCCAGUGUGGCAUCCAAUGCUUCGGUCUCGGUCGUUACACUGCGUCAGGAGGUCGAGACACUGGUGUUCACCCGUGACCAAUGCCGCUCAGCAUCGUCCAGAAGCUAUGAGAUCCGCUCCAGCGAGUCCUCCGAAGAUCUUCAGAAGUGCCUGAACGGUGAGAUUCCUGUGCCGGAGAGAAGCACCACCGCAAGCAGCAGCAGCACCAGCACCACCGCCGCCACCCCCACUGUUACCACCACCGGAUCUGCUUCUACCACCACCCCAUCUCCUUCUACCACCACCCCAUCUCCUUCUACCACCACCCCAUCUCCUUCUACCACCACCCCAUCUCCUUCUACCACCACCCCAUCUCCUUCUACCACCACCCCAUCUCCUUCCACCGCCAGCUCAUCCGCACCGAUUUCCUCAACAACGAGUUCUCCAUCGACAGUAGCGCAUUUUAGUCCCGUUGAAAAGAGCAGUGGCAACAGCCGGCACCGAUUCCCAAGAAGACUAGAACAUAUUUUCAAACAUAUUGUUUAAGAGUUGAGCAAUAUAAGGGUCAAUACCAAUAAACUAAACAGGAACAUUGCAUAACGACAAUAUUAAUAUUGAGCAAUUAAUAAAGUGGGCUUUAACAUAGCUAAAGUUUAAUGAAAA